AUGGCGUCCAAACCAGCGGCGGCUACGACCAAAGCGUCACGACUGUUCUAUCCUUUCAGGGCUCUAGGGGCGGUGACAGAUGGACUUCCCUUCGUGCUGAACCGGAGAGGAGACGAAUGCUUUCUGGCCGUGUCCAUAGAUGAGCUUUUCAGAUCUAUCGAUGCGACCACCUCAGGGUCGUUCUCGUUUCACCCCCGAUGAGCAAGAAAAUAACGUGCCUGGAGUCGUGGGGCAACGAGCACACCUACCUUCGUCGGGUGUGGGCGUGAGGUGCUAGGGUGGAGGCGCUUGUCGUGCACAGGGUCCCUCGGUUCACACCCCGGGACGGUUCGCUUCCUGCUGUGCGUCGGCAACACGCUCGUGUCUCUUUGCGAGGAGGGCCGCCUCAAGGCUUGGGAUCUCAAGCACCGCCCCGGCGGCAAGA